ACGAAGCACCUUUAUUUCCUUCAUUGCCAUUUGUCAGGAGAGGUGUCAGUCACCUUACGCCCGCCCCCGCCACUCAACCAUUGGCUUAGAGACAGGACUAGAAAAGGAUUCUGGUUAAGACCGAAAGUAAUUCAGUCCAAACGCAAGCGCAUCACACAGAUCUCUUCAAAGACUGGAUACGUUGAUUGCCAAUCUCUAGAAAAACCUCCUUCCAUGUGUACUCAUUGGUUUGCGCAGACGACUAUCUCGCCGGUCGCCCGCCCAGCCGUUCAAAGAAGCCUUUCGCCAGAUCCCUCCUUCCUGUCCACUUGACUCUUCGGAGCCAUCAAUCCUGUUCUGAAGCCGCCCACCGAUUCUGGAACUCCCGCUUCAUUGGGCCUCGGGUCUUCUCGGAUCUCCUCGAUUUGCCCUCACAACGCCGGCAGCCCGCAGCCCACUGCCUCGGAAAGCUGUCGAUCUCGCGGCGCCUCCCGCCCACUGCCCCUCGCGGCACUCCGAUUGGUCGCUCGCCUCCAGAGCCCGUGAUUGGUGUUCCGGGAGCAGCAGCCGCCUUCCAUUGGCCCGGGGGCGCCGUCCGUCAAGCCGGCGUCGGGAGGGGGCGUCCCUCUCCCCCCUCGUCGUCUUUCCAGCCGCUGGGUUCCCAGAGUGCUCCGCGGCCGUGUGGAGCGAGGCCUUGUUCCCGCGUUGAGCCGCUGCUGCCGCCGCCGCCUCCUCAGCUUCAGCCUCCGCGCCAGGCCCGGCCCCGCCGCGCCAUGUCGGACUACAGCACGGGAGGACCCCCGCCCGGGCCGCCGCCACCCGCCGGCGGGGGCGGGGGGUCCGGAGGAGCCGGGGGUGCCGGAGGAGGCCCGCCGUCGGGCCCACCGGGCGCGGGGGACCGGGGCGGCGGCGGUCCAGGCGGCGGCGGCCCGGGCGGAGGGUCAGCCGGGGGCCCCUCGCAGCCGCCUGGCGGGGGUGGCCCGGGAAUCCGCAAGGACGCCUUCGCAGACGCAGUGCAGCGGGCCCGCCAGAUCGCAGCCAAAAUUGGAGGUGAUGCCGCUACAACAGUGAAUAACAGCACUCCUGAUUUUGGUUUUGGAGGCCAAAAGAGGCAGUUAGAAGAUGGAGACCAACCGGAGAGCAAGAAACUGGCUUCCCAGGGAGACUCCAUCAGUUCUCAGCUCGGACCCAUCCAUCCUCCCCCCAGGACUUCCAUGACAGAAGAGUACAGAGUCCCAGACGGCAUGGUGGGACUAAUCAUUGGCAGAGGAGGCGAACAGAUUAACAAAAUCCAGCAGGAUUCGGGCUGCAAAGUGCAGAUCUCUCCAGACAGCGGUGGCCUACCCGAGCGCAGCGUGUCCUUGACAGGAGCCCCUGAGUCUGUGCAGAAAGCAAAGAUGAUGCUGGAUGACAUCGUCUCUCGGGGUCGUGGGGGCCCCCCAGGACAGUUCCACGACAACGCCAACGGGGGCCAGAAUGGCACGGUGCAGGAGAUCAUGAUCCCCGCAGGGAAGGCCGGCCUGGUCAUCGGCAAAGGUGGAGAGACGAUUAAGCAGCUGCAGGAACGGGCUGGAGUCAAGAUGAUUUUAAUCCAAGAUGGAUCCCAGAACACAAACGUGGACAAACCACUCCGGAUCAUCGGAGACCCUUACAAAGUACAGCAAGCCUGCGAGAUGGUGAUGGACAUCCUUCGGGAGCGUGACCAGGGUGGCUUUGGGGACCGGAAUGAGUAUGGAUCCCGGAUCGGCGGGGGCAUCGAUGUGCCAGUGCCCAGGCAUUCUGUGGGGGUGGUCAUCGGCCGGAGCGGAGAGAUGAUCAAGAAGAUCCAGAAUGACGCGGGUGUUCGGAUACAGUUUAAACAAGAUGACGGGACGGGUCCCGAGAAGAUAGCUCACAUAAUGGGGCCCCCAGACCGGUGUGAGCACGCCGCGAGGAUCAUCAAUGACCUCCUCCAGAGCCUCAGGAGUGGUCCCCCGGGCCCUCCAGGGGGUCCUGGCAUGCCCCCAGGGGGCCGAGGUCGAGGAAGAGGCCAAGGCAACUGGGGCCCUCCCGGUGGGGAGAUGACCUUCUCCAUUCCCACUCACAAGUGCGGGCUGGUCAUCGGCCGAGGUGGUGAGAACGUGAAAGCCAUAAACCAGCAGACGGGCGCCUUUGUAGAGAUCUCCCGGCAGCUGCCACCCAACGGGGACCCCAACUUCAAAUUGUUCAUCAUCCGGGGCUCACCCCAGCAGAUCGACCACGCCAAGCAGCUCAUCGAGGAGAAGAUUGAGGGUCCCCUCUGCCCAGUGGGCCCAGGCCCCGGGGGCCCAGGCCCUGCCGGCCCCAUGGGACCCUUCAACCCCGGGCCCUUCAAUCAGGGGCCACCCGGGGCUCCCCCUCAUGCUGGAGGCCCCCCUCCUCACCAGUACCCACCCCAGGGCUGGGGCAAUACCUACCCUCAGUGGCAGCCACCUGCUCCUCACGACCCGAAUAAAGCCGCGGCUGCCGCCGCAGACCCCAAUGCCGCCUGGGCCGCCUACUACUCACACUACUACCAGCAGCCCCCAGGCCCCGUGCCCGGCCCAGCACCGGCCCCUGCGGCCCCGCCCACCCAGGGCGAGCCCCCUCAGCCUCCACCUGCUGGCCAGUCGGACUACACUAAGGCCUGGGAGGAGUACUACAAGAAGAUCGGCCAGCAGCCCCAGCAGCCCGGCGCACCCCCGCAGCAGGACUACACGAAGGCCUGGGAGGAGUACUACAAGAAGCAGGCUCAAGUGGCCACGGGAGGGGGUCCGGGAGCACCCCCAGGCUCCCAGCCGGACUACAGUGCCGCCUGGGCCGAAUAUUACAGACAGCAAGCCGCUUACUACGGACAGACUCCAGGUCCUGGCGGCCCCCAGCCUCCACCCACACAGCAGGGACAGCAGCAGGCAAGUGGGAAUUGCCACCCUCCUCCUCCUCCUUUCUCCUUCCAACCCCCGGCUACCGUCCAUCCUGCCUUAGUGGGUAGCGCCGGAAAUCCCUUCCCCUGCGGGGUGUGUCCUUGAUGCCUGCAGCGGGGGCCGCGUGGCCAGAGGUCUCCGGGAGUCCCCACGCGCCAAGGGAAGUGUGUGCUGGGUCCAGAGGUUAAACGAAGAGGCCUCCCUCCGCCGGCCCGCUUGUUCCUGUGUAACGCUGUCAUGAUGCUGGGGGAGACCGCGCGAAACAAAUAAAAGGAGGAACUGUUGAACUGGUGGGUAGUCCUGGGGGUGGGGGGCAGGCCGUCCGCUCAGAUGCUGGUCGCCAUCCUGGCUGCUAACUCACUCAAAAUCUGGCCACUUGGGAAGAAAACGGAUAUUUUUUCCCCUCUCUGCAUUACUUUCAUGGUUUUUGUUCUUUUGAUUCUUUUAUUUUUGAAAUCACGAUCUCUCCCCGCGUGUCCAAGUGACUGUGUGUGCUGCAAGCGGCCCCGUGCAGCUCGGGCCGUGGCCUGGCUGUGGCUCCUCCCGCGGCUCCUCCCGUGGGCUGUGGGGAGGUGCCGAGGGGCCUGGGCCCUCCUGCUCCGCCCAGGCUCGGCCUCUCUGCUCCCGUGCCCGCCUUGUGUCCUGGUCUUGUCUGUGAAGUGGGCAUGACGAUCGCUGCCACCUUCCAACCUACCUCACAGGGGUGUUGUGGGGACACCGUGAUCUCUGACUGUCGUGUUAUGAUGCGCCGGGCCGCCGGGCCGCCCGCCCUCCUUCCUGAAGACAGGGCCCCC